AUGCAAAUCUUCGCGCGCACGGUGGAGGGAAAGACGCUGGUGGUUAGGGACGCGGCGACGGCGGGGUCGGCGCGCGCGGCGCUGCGACGCCGAGGCGCGGCGUUCGAUUACUUAACCGACGCGCGCGGCGCGGUGCUGCGGGACGACGCGGCGCUCGAAAACGAAUCUACCGUGCACGCGCGCGUGCGCGUGCGCGGUGGGCACUGUCAAGUGCCGUGCGGGAUUUUCGACGAUCCCGCCAUGGUGGCGAGUCUUCGCGAAAUGUCGGCGACGAUUCGAAAAGCCAUGACGCAGAUCAAUGAGCUCGCCGGUGGGUUGUCGGAUCCGGUGAAGUUGAACCAGUCCAUGCGGUGGGUGAUGACCAAGGAAGAACACUGCGGGAAGAUCAUCGCCCUCAUCGGCGAAUAUUGUCUCUGCCAACGCGUCAAGGCGGCGGAGAUGUCGCCGGAGGAUUACGUCGACGCGCUCAAGAUUCACCACUUGGUGAUGCAAAACGCGAUGAAGUGCAAACAAAACGUCGACACCGACUUUUGCUGCCAUCUCGAUCACUCGCUCGACGACCUGGCGAAGAUGUACACGAAGGCUUGA